ACAGAAAUUCUUAUCAAGUGGAUGUGUAAUCGUCCGUCUGUCAAAGUACAUCAGUUAACCUCAAAGAUAUACUUCAAAAAGACAUUAAAUUGUUAUGAACAAUUAUAUGUUUAAGUUAAACAUCUGAUAUGUAUAAGCAAUUUUUUGAACUCGAUUAAAUACAAUAAGCUGGUACACAAUUCAGUACUUCAAAAUAAGAUGAAUAAAUGAACUGGUUAAAAAUGAGAAGUAAAUUGUGACUCUUUGAAUAUGUUUACGACCGAGUGCUCACCCCGUUCAGUCGAUGUGCUCAUCUUAAAAUCUGCUAAUUGCUAUAAAUUAAGUUAACUAUAGUAUGAAAGAUCUAAAGAGUUACAAAUAAGAGAUAAUGUCUGUACGUGGGAGAAAGACCAUCAUCAAUGAUGGUGUCAUGACAUCAUCUGGUAUUGGAAAUCCAAGUGUUUACCAUGCCCUAAUAGUGAUAUUUUUAGAAUUUUUUGCUUGGGGGCUCCUAACGAUGCCAAUAAUAUCUGUUCUAAAUGAAACAUUCCCAGAUCAUACAUUUCUAAUGAAUGGAUUAAUAAUGGGUAUAAAAGGCAUUUUAUCUUUUCUAAGCGCUCCGUUAAUUGGUGCUCUGUCAGAUGUUUGGGGCCGCAAGUUCUUUCUACUAAUUACUGUAUUUUUUACAUGUGCUCCCAUUCCUUUAAUGACAAUUAAUACAUGGUGGUUUUUUGCUAUGAUCAGUAUUAGUGGUGUGUUUGCUGUGACAUUUUCAGUUGUAUUUGCAUAUGUUGCGGAUGUUACAACUGAAGCAGAUAGAUCUCGUGCAUAUGGUUUGGUUUCAGCAACUUUUGCUGCUAGUCUAGUGAUAUCUCCAGCACUAGGAGCAUAUCUAAUGCAAAUUUAUAGCGUGACAUUAGUUGUAGCCAUGGCCACAGCUAUUGCUGUGCUAGAUGUAUUUUUUAUUCUUGUUGCUGUGCCAGAAAGUUUGCCAGAAAAGGUGAGACCAAACACAUGGGGUGCUCCUAUAAGUUGGGAGCAAGCUGAUCCUUUCGUAGCUCUUAGAAAAGUAGGUAAAGAUCACACCAUUUUAAUGCUGUGUGUUACAGUUUUCCUCUCAUAUUUACCUGAGGCUGGACAGUACUCUUGUAUAUUUGUUUAUCUUAAAUUAGUAAUGGGAUUCACUAUUAUACAAGUUGCAGUUUUCAUAGCGGUUGUGGGUGUGCUGAGUAUUGCCGCACAGAUAGUUUUAGGAUUUUUAAUGAAAUCAUUAGGAUCUAAACAUACGAUAAUGAUUGGUUUAUUAUUUGAAAUGUUACAACUGAUGUGGUAUGGAUUUGGAAGUCAAACAUGGAUGAUGUGGGCCGCAGGCAUUUUAGCAGCUAUAUCUUCUAUUACAUACCCAGCUAUCAGUGCUUUUGUGUCAAUACAUUCUCGAGCUGAUAGACAAGGAGUUGUGCAAGGUAUGGUCACGGGAAUGCGAGGACUGUGCAACGGCUUAGGUCCUGCCAUGUUUGGUGUUAUAUUUUAUCUUUUUCAUGUUGAUUUGAAUGAAGAUCAUCUUGGAAAUAAGAUAGAAAGAAAUGAAACUGCUGGUGCAGAUGAUUAUAUACAAUUAGUUCCUGGGCCUCCAUUUGUUUUUGGAGCAUUGCUUGUAAUAUGUGCACUUUUAGUAGCAGUUUUCAUACCAGAAGAGCACAAAGAUAUAAGCCGACGUUCUUCUGGUGUUUCUUUAGAUACACAUUUUGAAAUUGAACGUGGCAGAAAAGUUGCAAGUCCUCUAUCACCAUUGAUUCAUACCGAUUCUGCACAGCUAUAAACAUCAUAUACCAUCACCACCUAUGCAAUACAAUUUUAUUAAUAAUGAAUAAUUAAUUUAAAACUAGUUUGAAACCCAAUGGUUAAUGAUAAUGAAAUAACCAGAUACAAAUUACAGAUAUUUUAAAUGAGAUG